AGCCGCCGCCCCGGCUCGAGGUUCUGGGCGCGGAUUCUAGUUAUCCGCGAGCCUCUCUCAGGGCAGCUGCCAUGCGCGUCGGCCCGCGCCCGUGAGGCGAGCGGGUCUGGCCGCGACACGAGAUGUGGCCCACGACGAGGUGAAGGGGGCAGACCAAGUUUGACCCCGAGCUGGAGAAAGCCCGGCCAGCCUGACGGGCUUGUUCGGGAACGAUGCGCUCGGCACCGCGCACCUGGCCCACUCCUCCACAAAGGACGUGACCGAGCUCCUGGAGACGAGCGUCACGGGCCUCCCGCUGAAGGAGGAGCUGGACUACCUGGAGGGCGCCGUGGUCAUGAGGCCGCCGAGGCCCGACGCGCCGUGGAGCAGUGCUACGUGCUGGGCGGCGAGCAGGAGGCCCUCGACGAGCAGGAGGCCGAAGUGCAGGAGGCCCUCGACGCGCAGGCCGAUGCGCAGGGCUACGUGCAGACUGUCGAGCAGGAGGCCCUCGACUCGCAGGCCCGUGGAGCUCGAGGUGGGACAAGGGCUGCCGGGCGUGGCUGCGCUGGACGAGAAGUUCGUCGUGAAGAAGUCCGUGGAGAACCUCGGCGAUGUCGACCUGAAGGGAAAGGCGGCGCUGAUCCGAUACGACCUCAACGUGCCCCUGUAUGUUGACCAGGAGAUCGCGGACGAGAAGCACAUCGCGGCCUCAAUCCCGACGGACAUCAAGUGCGCCCCGGAGUGCAAGGCCCACGACGAGGUGAAGGGGGGGGCCAAGUUUGACCCCGAGCUGGCAGAAAGCCUGGCCAGCCCGACGGGCCUGUUCGGGAACGACACGUUCGGCACCGCUCACCGGGCCCACUCUUCCACCGAGGACGUGACCGAGCUCCUGGAGACGAGCGUCACGGGCCUCCCGCUGAAGGAGGAGCUGGACAACCUGAAGGUCGCCGUGGUCACCCUGAAUGCGGACCGGGAGAUCGCGGACGAGAAGCGCAUCGCGGCCUCGAUCCCGACGACCAAGGGCGCCAAGGUGCUGGAGUACUUCCAACCGGGCCAACCCGAGGACGGGCCCGAGGACAAGCUCUCGCUGAAACCAGCGGCGAAGAAGCUGGGAGAGCUGCAGAAGAAGGACGCCAAGUGUGCCCUGGACUGCCAGGCCCACGGCAAGGUGAAGGGGUAGACCAAGAUCGACCUCGAGCUGGCAGAAAGACUGGCCAGCAUGACGGCCCCGUUCGCGAACGGCACGUUCGGCACCGCGCACCGAGCCAGUCUGAACUACCUGGAGGGACUACCUCAGGAGGAGCUGGACUAUCUGAAGGGCGCCGUGGACAGCCCGGUGAAGCCGAACAGGUUGGAGGAGGACUAUGUCUUCCAGAACGACGCGUUACUGGGCGCCGUAGUGUCGCCCCUCAGUUGUGUCGACUCGGUGUUUAGGGAGAGGCGCGUGCGCCAGCCGCCCGCCCCACACGACUUCGUACUGUGCCGCGCCUAUGCCAGACUGGCGCACGGCGUCUGGGCCCGUAAUGAGGCCAGACCGCCCAUGACACUCUCACUUUUCUGUGCCGUGCUGCACCCUCUGCGAGGAGGCUGUUAGGCCUCGGAGGGCGGCGUCCGGGCCCGAAGGAGGCCAGACCGCACGUGUGAUUCGUUUCUGCCCUCUGCGAGGAGGCUGCACAGCCUCAGAGGGCCCUAUCCCAGUGGGCCCCUUCAUAAGUUGAGGGGCCCCCCCUAGGCGAGAGACUUCUGUGGGCCCCUUAAGCAGGGAGGAGGCCCGCGACCGCCGUGCAGGCAAAGCACGUCCGAAGGACCCUCGGCAUGCGUAACUGCGCUCAAGCCCGCGCCCACCGCCGCCACCCUUGCCUCUGCCCCCCGUAGAUCCUCA